UCAUCCUCUGGACAAUAUGAGUAAGUAAACUUGUUGAUAAAAUCAUUGCAAUACUGAUGGCCUCCACAAAGGUUUUCUUGCUGUCAACUUCGCCACAAGAUGAAUAGAAAAUGUCCAAGAUGAUCACUUUACAUCUGCAAUUCCAUUCCAUUCUUCUAAGAACCAUGGACCCUCAACAAAAUUUCAAAUCACCAACAUAUCUUUCGCAUCAAAAGCAUUUGCAACAAGGUCUCCAGGUGAGGUGGCUGGAUGAAAUCAAAUCACUGACAACUAUGAAUAAGCUGCAUCUGCAGAGGAAUCCACAUUGCGACCAUUGUAAACAAUUAAUAGUUCCUCUG